CAGAGACUAGCGUCCUACCCGCCACACCCCGAGCUCCUCCCCCCACAGUGGGCGCACCGGCCUACCCUGCAGAGCACACUUCUACAGAUCUGCCGCCUGCAACCGCGCGGAGUGGGGUGAUUGCAGUUUCCAGCGGCGGUCAGUUUGGUUAGGUUAACCGGUGCAACGGAAUGAGCGAUAAAGAGCGUUUGCAUCCAUCUGAAAAGAUGAACAUUCAAUCUGAGUAUUAUCUUGAAAGUCUCAUAAAUGAUGCUUAUAAAGGCAAAGGGUUUCAGAAAAUGAAUGAAUUAUUUGAAGACAGUGUAAUCUGUCCACCGCAGCAACAUGGCAAGAUGCUUUUAAAUGAAAUGGACAGACUGAUUAAUAAGGAACUUGAUCGCAAUGAAUUUGAACAUGUUUGUUUAUUACUGAAGUGUGUUCAGCACUUCUGCAAGAGUAAAUGCCAGCAAGGCUGGUCUCUGAUUGAGCAGGGGCUGGUUUCCAAGAUGGUUCUGUGGUUUGAAAGAGCCCUGGAGUUUCUGAAGAUUUGUAAAGACAAAAAAUCUGUAAUUCUUGCUCUUGUGGAAGAUUUUUUUGCUACUAUUGUGGAUAUUUGUAAGUGUGGCAGUGAGGAGGGCAUAAAAGCAUUACAGGAUUCAUUCUUGCUGACACUUGGUUAUGUAAUUAUGGAAAAGUGGCCAGGUGUUUGUAUUCGAUUAGAGGCACUAAAGACCCUCAACUGCAUUAUUGAUAAUGUCCCACGGGAUGACAGGAAAAAAUUUUGCUCAUCUGAAGAGCUGUGCGAACUAAUGCAAAGUAUGGCCAGAAAACUGUUUGAAGUUGGAGAUUAUGACGUACAGGUUGCGAUGACUGAAGUCCUGUGCAGGAUGGCAACAAAAAAAACAAGGGAUAAUUUUGCUACUCGAUGGUUUGAAGAUGGCUGUAUUGCGAAAGCCUUCCAGGAUAUCAACGAAAAGGACUUUGAAACCGAUUCCCGGAAAUUUUUGAAUUAUCUUAAUUCCAGGUUUCAAGAUAAAUGGGUCUACACCUUUCCCUGUCACCAUAUUUAUACUGAUGUGGAAGAGUUGGUACAACCUCAGGAUGAAAAACUUGAACACUUCUGGAUUGAUUUUAAUGUUGUCAGCCAGUGUGUUUCCUUCUACGUUCAAAAUAAAGAGAGCAACCUCUGGGAUUCAGUGAGACUUUACAAGGACAUGCUCAUUGGUUACGGCUUGCAAGCUGCUGAUGGACUGCAAAUUCUAAACAUAUACUUGAAGAGCCCUCUGACUGUUAGUUUGAUGGGGAUAAAACACUUCAAGAUUUUUUUUGAAAAUAUUCUUGAUAUUUAUACAGGCAUUGUCAAAACCUACGGCCGGGAACUUCAAAUAAUUUCCAGUGUGCAGAAUGACUAUCUAACUUCUACUCCUGUCGCAACAAGUACUGUGAAAACUCUGAGUGCAGCACCCCAGCAGAGGAUAAUAAAUCAGUCGAACAUAAGUAAAAGUGCUGAUACGUCGGACAUAGUCCAUUUCAUAGAAGGUUAUCACUCAGCUGCUAAAUUGAUCUUGUCAUCCCCAGAGAAAGUUACUGAUGUAAACGAUUCACAAGAUAUUUUCGAAGAUUCCUGUGAAGCGUCUAUUCCCACUACUGGCGAGAGUACAUCUGCAUUCAGUCUUAUUGAUACCACUAGAGUUGUCUCGUCAACUGAGCAGAACGGAAUUCCAGAGCUAUCUACCAAGGUCUUUACACCAAGCACUAGAAAAACAAAGAGACUGUCACCAGACAAGCUCCUAACAUCAAGCUCUAGAGAAACAAAAGACCAGUCGCCAGACAAGCUCUUGACAAGCACUAGAGAAACAAUUGUACAGUCACCAAAGAAGCUCAUAAGUACGGAAGAAACAAAAGUACAGUUGCCAAACAAGCUCUUAACAGCAAGCGCUAGAGAAAUGAAAGGACCGUCGCCAAACAAGCCUGCCUCACAAAAAUCUGAAUUUGACUUUGCAGAUUCACCGGAGUCUGUCCCACAUAUCAAGGUGUCCAUUGCAGAGGAGAUCCUUUUCAGCAUGGUGCCUGCUUCUAACAGGCAUAGUGGUGAUACACCGAGAAGAACCAGGUCACAAGAUUCCAAGAAAAAGGUUGUGAACUACAGAGAGUUCGAUUCUAUCGAUAGUGAUGAUGCAGUCAGUAUCGUUCAAAGUGAAGAAAAUUGGAGCGUGGAAAGUAAGAAGAGAUUCUUAACACCACGUGCAGUCUAUAGCCGCAAGAAGCAGAAGAGUAAAAGUAAACUGAGAGUGCUGCCGUUAUCUUCAGAAAGUAGCAGUGAUGAAGAAAUGGAAGCCAAAAAAAGUGCCGAUCGUUUGAACAAAGAGACAAACAAUGAAUGUGGCAAAGCAGAAAGCUUAGCAUUCUCAGAUCUUCCAGGGGUCUCCGGUCUUCUCACACCCAGAGAUUCUGCCAAGCAAAGAUCCACAGCAGCACUUCCAAAGGAGUCUCAUUCUUCAGGCAAAGCUGAGGAUUUCAAGAGGAAGAGAAAGCCAUCUAGCGAUGAGGACCAUGGAGAUAUUACAUUUCAACCGCGUAAACUUUUCAGUUCAUGUGAGAGAACACAAGAAGAAAUGAGUGAAGAGGAUUCUCAUUCACCUUUUGGAAGCCUCACUGGAGACCUUAAAAAUAAAAUUAUGUCUAGAUAUAAAAGAAUGGGAGCUCGGACUCAGAAUGUGCUGUCAAUGUUACAAUUAGAAGUUUCUAAUUUGAUAGAUAAAAUACAACAGGUCAAUUUCCGUAAACUAACUCAUGUUAACAAGAUUAUUGAACAAGAAGUUUCCAAGUUUGAAACUGAAACUCAAGCUUUAAAAGACAUAGAAAAGGAAACAUUGGAGUUUUUGGAGGCAGAAACAAUGACAAUUAAUGCGUUUUGUGCAAAUCAAAGACAAAGAAUUGAAGAAAUUGAUUCUGCACUCAAUGGGACUGUGCACAUACGGUCAGAGGUAAGACUUUAAAGAAGACCAAAUAACUGAUGUCUGAAGCAAAUAGCGGCUGUCAAAAUCAAUGUGAAGUUUUUUGACCCAACCAGUUUUGUGAUUUGUAUUUUGUUAUGUUGUGACUGUUGUUAGUCCGUUAAUUUUGGACAAUGUUAGUCUUGAUUUACUUGCAUUAUGGUUUGGACUGUAAUUAGUGCAUUAAAAACGAAAGCAUCACUUCACAA